AUGGCGUCGACACAGUCGCCAGAAGCGAGAGAGCUGGCGUUGGUGGGAAAGGUCGAGAUGCGGGAUAUCAAACUUCCAGUAGCCGCUCUGCUCAAGCAAUUUAAAGAGAACGGUGACGUGGCCCUGAUCCGUCAUUUCGAUAUCUUGUAUAUACAACAGGGUAUAUCACGUCUCCCUGUUUCUGAAAGGCUCGAGCUUCUUCCCAUCCUGAUUCAGGGGAUUGCAAACGACUAUAACAAGUCCCAACAGCACGCUUCUCAGCUUUUCCAUCUAAUCUUACGCCUUCUUACACAUUUCAAACUUCCUCUACGAGGCAGUAAAGAGGAUGACGAACUUCGCUCUACCUUGGGCAUCCAAGCCGAUGAUGCAGAGUUUCUCUCGCAUUGGUUCGGCAAACUCUUGCUUCUCACCGUUACUCGCACCUCCAAUCCAGAUGUGGCAGCUUCCAUGCGGUGCCCCGGCCUCUCUGUUGAGGAGUACAAGUUUCUUACCCUACAGGGCAAACCUGACGCGUGGGAUCCAAGUACUGAUGCAGGAUUGAACUUGACAGAGUCUAAAGCUCUUGUGACGCGCUUGUUGGCAAGUGGCAUGUUCACCGAAGAUGAGAAGUUCCUUCCUGCGCUGUUCGCGUCUGCAGAUACCAAUUCUCGAAUCUCAGAAGUCGGCGAGGAUGUAUUGAAACGUGUGAUUCUUUCAAAAGAUUUGGAAGAUGCAGAAAUUAUCAAGACUUUGCUCGGUCUCUAUUUCGGCUCAUCAGCACCUGAAGGCCCUUUGGCAGUCAAGGUUCCCCUUCGUAUCAGGAUACUGGGAAUACUCGCUAAGUCUGUGACGUGCACAACAUUUCCGAAAGAUAUUGCUCGUGUCGUUGAGGAAGGAUUGUUGUCACCUGAAUUGAGCGCGACGAACAAGACCACCGCAGGCAGAGAAGCAUCCAAGUAUCGUUCAGCGAUCUUCGCUCUAGUCAACUUCGUUGCUCGAAGAGGUGCCGCCGAACAUCUCUCUAGUGUUGCCGAAGGCCUAGUGGGUAAUUUAAGAGCGUUUCUGCAGGACCAAGGCUGGCCGGUACCAGACAGAGAUCAGGACAUGGAACUUCGUGGAUAUGGAUACGAGACUAUCGGGUUGUUGGCCAAAGCGUCUCCCAAGACCAUCCUCCUCGAGCCGAAUUUGGAUCUACUCGAAUGGCUUUUUCGCUCGUUGAGGGAAGACGCUUCCGGGAAAGAAGUGACAGUCAGCAUUGACGAAGCUCUUUCAUCCGUGCUUGGUGCAUUCUCGAAAUCUCUCAAUGCCUCAAUACGACCAAAGUUUAGGCAAAUACUGCUCAAAUAUUCCGCCAAUGUCGACUCCAGCAAUGGGAGGGGCGACCAGGUCUUUAGAAGCACUCGAUAUACAGCUACGAGAUUUGCAAAUAGAUGUCUGCCGUACGACGAUGUUCUUGCCAGAUGGAUUGAUAUUCUUGCCGUAAGCGGAGGGAGCAGUGAAAGACACGAGGUCGUAGAAGAGGGACGAAAAGGCCUCGAUCCAUACUGGUUCAAUAUGUCGAACUCGCUACCAGGUAUCGACGCUGAAGGGGAUAACACCCCUUUCCCGAAUUUUGACGACCUCGUCCAAUUUAUUUUCGCUCGACAAGGCGAAGACGACGAUGACAUGGAUGUAGACGAUAACGGAAAUGCUGUGUCACAAGCACAGCUGUUCCAACAACGCUUCUCGCAUACACUGCCCACUGUCAUCACGUUCUGUUCUCAAGUCGCAAUGCACGCCGCACUCGCAGAGAAGAAUAUACAUGAGAAGCUUGCAGAGGAUUGGGGCCGUAAGCUUGAGACCCUCAUGACUAGCGAUCUCCGCGCACGUCAAGCAUUCCGGGCCUUUGCUGCUGUCGAAGCGCAUGCAACGUCACUGGCCAUACUUUUAAGAGCAAGCUUCGACCGACUUACACGGGAUGAGCUAAGCGAUGUCGGUGACAUUGGGAGUAGCUUUGUCCGCUUGCUCUCUUUAUGUCCUGAUAACAUCUGGAAGCGUGCACUGUUGUUGCGUGACUUCCGCACGCUAGAGCCUUCAGUACUAUCGAACAAUGCCAAUCGUCGAACGGCAGCCGCUCACGCCUACGGACUAUUAGCUUCACAUAAAGAUGUUCAGGCGGCAAUCAUUGAAAAAUCCUAUGACUUACUCUACGGAAAGAUCGAAACCUGGAGAGACGCUGUUGGUGGCGAGAUCAACCAAAUCAGUGGUGCUAUCGCGGCUUUGGGCUACUACCUCAGUCGUGCACAUUGGCAAAACCAGUCGCCUUCUACUGAUGAGGAUUCUCUGAAGAAGAUCCUCAAUGUCGUGUUCAAGAUCUUAGCAGAAUCAAAAGAUGCUACAUUGAAGACAUCCAUCUUCACUUGCAUAGAUCAGCUCAGUCUGUUCCAAGUCAUAAGUCCUUCUAGCAUAGCUCCCUACGCAAAAUUCCAGGAUGUUGCUCAGCAGAUCUACGACUCUGCAAAGGCUGGGACGACAAGCGCAAUCCUUGCGCUCGGGCAUUUGUCUACUACGACCGACGAAGCCAGCAACGACGACGAGAAAAGUGAUUAUAGCUUCAUAGCUGACAGGUUGUACGAGCUACACGAAGUACGGCAACCUGAAGUACAAUUCUCUGUUGGUGAAGCAUUGAGCUGCUUUGCUUGCGGAUGGGAGUCGAAAGCGCUGACAGCAGAGCUCGAUAUCGAACACACAACACAAUCGCACGAUCCUUGGGAUGCAUCACCAGUAACUCCAGCCGGACCUAGGCGCGAGAAGACGUUGACCACAGUCCUGGAGAAGACACUGAAGGGUUGCAAACAGUCUAAGCCAUCUCUCAAGAAGGCUUCCGUGAUCUGGCUUUUAUGCCUGUUGCAGUAUUGCGGUCAUAAGUCUGAGAUACAGCAAUACCUCCCUCAGUGUCAGUUGGCGUUCAAGUACUGCCUUUCGGACCGGGAUGAGGUGGUACAAGAAGCAGCAUCGCGAGGUCUCGGCCUUGUCUAUGAGAAGGGCGAUCGCCAACUCAAGGACGACUUGGUGCGCGACCUUGUGGGUUCAUUCUCAGACAACAAGGCGAAGAUGUCUGGUACCGUGUCGGAAGAUACGCAACUUUUCGAGCCGGGUGCUCUUCCUACUGGCGAUGGUUCGAUCACGACUUAUAAGGAUAUUCUCAGCCUUGCUUCUGAGGUCGGCGACUCUAGUCUCGUCUAUCGAUUCAUGUCAUUGGCAUCCAACAACUCCAUCUGGUCAAGCCGCGCAGCUUUCGGUCGCUUCGGCCUAAGUAACAUCUUCUCGGACUCUAGCGUUGACGGGUACCUGGCCGAGAAUCCGAAGCUAUAUCCCAAGCUAUAUCGCUAUAGGUUCGAUCCGAACCCUAACGUCCAACGGUCUAUGAACGACAUCUGGAAUGCUCUAGUGAAAGACUCGUCCGCGACCAUCGACAAGAAUUUUGAUGCCAUCAUGGAUGACCUACUUACAAACUUAGUGCAAGGAAGAAAUAUUGACAAGUACGAAAAGUACCUUGGCGAUAUCUGGGAUAAAUGCUUUAAAGUUCUCGAUGAUAUAAAGGAGUCUGUACGUGCUGCCGCAGCUUCCCUCGCUCGAGUGCUCACGGGCAUUUUGACGCGAUCCCUGGAAGCGGGUGACUCCUCGAUCAAGACCGCAGAUGCGAUGCUCUCACGGGUCCUUCCCUUCCUAUUCUCCGGGUCUGGUCUUGAAUCUAGCGCUGAGGAAGUGCGUAUGUUCGCGGUGCACACUCUUGUCCAGAUCGUCAAGAAGAGCAAUGCGAAGACGCUGAAUCCACACGUUCCCGAGCUAGUAGAGAGGCUUCUGGGGCUGUUGAGCUCGUUAGAGCCUGAAGCCGUCAACUACAUCCAUCUCAACGCCUCAAAGUACAAUCUCACCGAACAGAAGAUAGACGACAUGCGCCUACAAAGCGUACGCUCAUCGCCCCUUACAGAGUCUAUAGAGCGCUGUCUCGACCUCGCCGAUGCAGAGACGAUGAAGGUCCUCGUCCCACGCAUCGAAGUCGCAAUGAAGAACGCAGUCGGCCUUCCCUCCAAAGUAGGGUGCUCCAGGAUCCUCGUCACGCUCAGCACACGGCACAACUUCCUCUUCAAACCUUAUGCUGACAGCUUUUUAAAAACAAUCCAAAAGUAUGUGCAUGACCGCAACGACACCGUGUCUACCUCAUAUGCCGCCGCGGCAGGCUACGUCGCUCGCGUCGCGUCUGAUAAGCAACUCAUCGCCACCAUCGCCUUUUGCCACAAACUCUAUUUCGACUCCGAAGAGGACAAGUCCCGCCUCACUGCCGGCGACAUCGUCCUUUCCAUCUCCAAGAACGCCGCAGACCGCUUCACGUCGCUCUCCUCUGAGCUCCUCCCCCUCAUCUUCCUUGCGAAACACGACACAAAUGAACAGGUCAAGCGACUCUUCGACGACACGUGGUCAGACAAUGUCGCUGGCUCGCGUGCAGUCCUGCUCUACCUCAAAGAAAUCGUCAGCCUAUCAGACAAGCACCUUGAGAGUCCGAAAUGGGUGCUCAAGCACGCGGCCGCAAAAACUAUAGCUGACGCUGUGAUGUCCAUCACAACAGGCAGCGAAACCCUCGCCAAAGCCAACGCAGAGACCCUAUGGCCGUCUCUCGACAAAGCGAUGGGCGGGAAGACAUGGGAUGGCAAAGAAAUCGUGCUAGAGGCUUUUGUACGGUUCAUCGAGCGGGGACAAAGUCUCUGGAAAGAAGACAAAAAAGUCGCGAAGCAAAUCGAGAAAGUCACUAUUCGCGAGGCGAAGAGGCAGAAUAAGACGUAUCGGCCGCAUGCGCUUGAAGCUUUAGGCAAAAUCUGCCUUGCACGUACGGAUCUGGAGCUCUCAAGCACGGUUGUAGAGAUUGUAGAAAAUGUUCUAGAAGAGGUGCUCGGUGGGGAUGAAGAUGGAGAGAAAAUGGAUGUUGAUGGCGGAGAGCCGAUGAAGGAUGUGCAACUACAGGAGAAGACGCUUGCGGCAUGUAUAUCCGCUCUCACACUGUCGCCAAACACUACACUUCUCAGCACUCAAGCCCUUACCGCACACCUCUCCACUCUCCUCCCCCUCAUUGUCAAAGCAAACUCCACGCGCGCGAAGGACAUCCAUCUCAAGACUUUCACGUCACUUCAGGCUCUUUUCGAGCGUCUGCCCAGCGACAUCACGGUCAAUGAAGAGGCAAAGGAGGCGCUGGAGAAGCUACUAUUCGACCCAAGCUUUGAGGGACUGCCCGAGGCUAUGCGGGUGAAGCGGGCAGAGGCUUUAAUUGUUGUUGCAAAGGUUGGGGGCUGUAGAUGGGUGGCGGACAAAGUCAAACCGGAGGUGGAUGGUGGGGAGAGGAGUGCGGUUGUGAGGGGCGUGUUGGCGAAAGUGGGGAAGGAGUAG